GGCUCGAAAAAUGAUCAAGGAGAAAAUAAAUGACGCAAGUAUGGCCUUGGACUCGACCGUCAGGAGUCAGGAUUCUAGCGAUUCUAACGAAUCCAAGGAAUUCAGCAAUGCCGGUUCCAAGCCGGAAAGUUGCAUGGAAUCCAAACACUCCAAGGAGAUAUUGAUAUCGGAUAAACAACAGAAACAACAGCAACAUCAGCCUCAUGCGAGACAACAAAACGAUGCAGUGGUACCGAAAUUGCGUAACGCGGAACAACACGGAGACGAUGAUUCCAAUCUUCUCAUGUUCACAUCUUGCGGUCAAUUAUUGCUUGGUAUCGUCUUAGUGGUGUUCGGUGUUCUGGUACUGGUCCAUGGCGCUUCGUUAGGAGGAUCAGGUGCAGGAUUAUGGGCAGGAACAGGUGCGUUGGUCGCUGGAGCGUUGGGGGUACUUGCAGCUUUGGCUAGUUCAUCCGGAAGAACAAAUUCUGGAUUUUGUACGGCUCAUUUAGCUUCGAGCUUGGUCGCACUGGCGCUUUCCAACAUGGCUGCCAUCACGGCCCUGACGGCGGUCGUCAGGGACUCUCAAAGGACUCCGGAAACGAGCCUUUUUACGCUUCCCGGCGAGGAGAACAAUAUAUUGGAAAUAGAAGGUGGUGGUUGGGCCGGUCUAUUGGCCAGCAUCGGUUUGCUGAUCGGUAGCGUUGCAGAGUUACUCAUCUCAGGCUACACCUGUUUGACCUUAACACCGAAACUCUGUAGCUGUCUGAGAUCAAAUCCAGCUGACGAGAUCGGUUGCGUGGAUGGUCGAUUAAAGACGCGUAAUAUGGUCCAACAAUGGGUGGUCGCGCAAAAUCACGUGCCGAAGAAUCAACCGAUUUACGUGGUUCAACCGGUGAUGCCGGUCCAUCCUUUGAUACGAACACCUUACGGUGUACCACCACCAUCCGGUGCACCAGGAAAGUAUCCCGGAGGAUUUAUUUCAGCGACACCGAUUGCUAUGCCACCAGCACCGUACGGCCCGGUCCCCGUAAUUUCUCACAUGCCGCCUUACGCUCAACGACCACCAUCGCAAAUGAUUCGAUUGAAACAUAAACGUCACAAUCAAUCGGAACAAGGGGACACCGUAGAAAGGAAAGGUCGUAAAGAAUCCGAGGUAAAAAACGAAUUCAAGAGAAUAUCAUCGAUAAGCGAAGAUCAGGUUGACCUGGCACAGACCUACACCGGUUUAGACAAGAGAAUUUCCGAAGAAUUUAUCUCCAUAGCAAUGGAUCCAGAUAGAAAGUCCAAAGCUUCGAGUCAUCAUGGCAGCGAAGUUGGUAUCGCUAAGAAUACGUGAAAACUGAUCAACUCGACGCUCGAUUAAAUUCGUUCUGUCGGGUAUACAUCGUUGGAUAAAUCAUUUUUCAUAGCUUUCUUAGCGCGCAUGCGAGAAAGAGAAAGAGACUAUAGUAAGAAGUAUGAAGAAUUCCAUCAGCGAGGCACACUUAAGUUCGCUCGCAUUUCUUUUCGAUACCAUCGGCAUUAUUCUAUUCAUACACUUUCCAAAGUACAUAUAUAGAAACGCGAAUUAUUUUCUACACAUUAGUUGAACGCACUAGAGGCAAAUUUAUAUAUCCAUUGAUUUAAUGCGAAACAAUUUCAAGCAUUUCAAGUAUUACUCCAAUUCGAUUCUGUCGGUUGUUCGAAACAGAUGAGAUUUUAGAUUAGAUUUUUAUAUCUCAAAUCUAUAGUUACUUGUACACCUAUCUCCUUUUUUUUCUCUUUUUUUUUCUACGAUGGGCAUGUACUUAAUUAUUGUGCAGAUUCUGUCAUGUA